CCGGGGUCUGGGUCGCGUCGCGUCUCAUCAUUUUCCCCUCGUGCGCUCUCUCGAACCUUCCAAAGCCCCCGAACCCUAGUGAGCUCGGAACCCUAGCCGCGCGCGGAUCUCGGCUUGCUUGCCCCCUCCUCCACGCCAGCCAUGGAUGACGACUUCGAGAUGCCGACCGCCGGCGCCGACGAGAUGAUGGGCGACGACGAGAUGGGCGACUUCGGCGGCGAUGAGGGCCCGGUGUUGAAGGUGGGCGAGGAGAAGGAGGUCGGCAAGCAGGGGCUCAAGAAGAAGCUGCUCAAGGAGGGCGAGGGCUGGGAGACGCCCGAGGUCGGCGACGAGGUUGAAGUGCAUUACACGGGUACACUCCUUGAUGGAACAAAGUUUGACUCAAGCCGUGAUCGCGGAGAUCCUUUCAAGUUCAAGCUUGGACAAGGUCAAGUGAUAAAGGGUUGGGAUCAAGGCAUCAAGACCAUGAAGAAAGGAGAAAAUGCUGUUUUUACCAUUCCUCCAGAACUGGCUUAUGGAGCAUCUGGUUCACCGCCAACUAUUCCACCAAAUGCAACCCUGCAGUUUGAUGUUGAGCUGCUUUCAUGGACCAGUGUCAAAGAUAUUUGCAAAGAUGGCGGCAUAUUCAAGAAGAUUCUUAAAGAGGGGGAGAAGUGGGAGAACCCAAAGGAUCCUGAUGAAGUACUUGUGAAAUAUGAGGCCCGUCUCGAAGAUGGUACUGUUGUAUCCAAGUCUGAGGGGGUUGAGUUCACUGUAAAAGAUGGGUACUUUUGUCCUGCCCUGGCCAAAGCUGUCAAGACCAUGAAAAAGGCAGAGAAGGUGCUCCUUACAGUAAAGCCACAAUAUGGAUUUGGCGAGAAAGGUAGACCAGCAGCUGGAGAGGAAGGUGGUGUGCCACCAAAUGCCACUCUGCACAUUGACCUUGAGUUGGUUUCGUGGAAGACUGUCACAGAAAUUGGUGAUGAUAAGAAAAUCCUUAAGAAGGUUCUCAAGGAGGGAGAAGGUUAUGAGCGUCCCAACGAGGGUGCCGUUGUUGAAGUCAAAAUUACCGGAAAGCUUCAGGAUGGCACAGUGUUUACAAAGAAGGGGCAUGACGAAGAGCCAUUUAAAUUCAAGACCGAUGAAGAGGAAGUUAUAGAUGGUCUUGAUCGUGCUGUAUUGAACAUGAAGAAGGGUGAGGUUGCUCUUGUCACGAUUCCUCCUGAAUAUGCAUUUGGUUCAACUGAGUCAAAGCAGGAUCUUGCUGUUGUUCCACCUAACAGCACAGUGGUCUACGAAGUUGAACUUGUUUCAUUUGUGAAGGACAAGGAGUCGUGGGACUUAAACAAUGAAGAGAAGAUUGAGGCUGCUGGUAAGAAGAAAGAGGAAGGGAAUGCAUUGUUCAAAUUGGGCAAAUAUGCUAGAGCUUCCAAGCGAUAUGAGAAGGCCGCCAAGUACAUUGAGUAUGAAAGUUCAUUCAGUGAAGAUGAGAAGAAGCAAUCCAAGCAACUGAAGAUCAGCUGCAACUUAAACAAUGCUGCCUGCAAACUGAAGUUGAAGGACUACAAGGAAGCUGCGAAGCUUUGCACCAAGGUUCUGGAGCUAGAUAGCCAAAAUGUCAAGGCUCUCUACAGGAGGGUGCAAGCGUACAUUCAACUUGCUGACCUAGAGCUAGCAGAGGCCGAUAUCAAGAAGGCACUGGAAAUCGAUCCUAACAACAGGGAUGUGAAGUUGGAAUACAAGACCCUGAAGGAGAAGAUCAAGGAGUACAACAAGAAGGACGCGAAAUUCUACAGCAACAUGUUCGCUAAGAUGACAAAGUAACUGGCACUGGCCAAAGACAGUAUGGCUUCUUGGGUAGAGGAUGUAGUGAAGCAAAGGAUUACAAGCAAUGCCAUUUUCUGCUGCCCAAGGACUUCGCCUGUUGCUUAACAUUCAACCUUUGGCAUACUUUGUAGUCAAUUAGCGCGCAUGGAUGCUUGGAUAUGUGAAACUGAGGAACAAUUACUUCGAGGAUUAUUAUUGGCUCUGAAUCUUUCUGUUUUUUUGGUUCUUGUUAGGACCAUUGAUUCUGUCGUUUAAGAAUCUUAUGCAUUUCACACACAUGUUCUUAA